AUUGCAACUGGAGUUACUUCCCUUUCUCGGUAGAGGGCAGUGUAUUUCCGGUUGAAUUAUUGCGAAGGAACGUAGCAGAGGGUGAACCAUGACUCGUCACGCCAGAAACUGUACGGCAGGCACUGUGUACACCUACCAUGAGAGGAAGAAGGACACGUCCUCAUCUGGCUAUGGGAGCAAGGAGGUGCGACUUGGGAAGGACUCUGUCAAGGAAUUUGACUGUUGCUGUUUGACUUUACAACCUUGUAAAAAUCCAGUUAUUACGUCUGACGGGUAUCUGUAUGACAAGGAGGCCAUCUUGGAAUACAUCAUCCACCAAAAGAGAGAGAUCGCCAGAAAGCUGAAGGAAUUUGAAAAACAGAAGACAAAGCUUGAGACGGAGAAGGCGGAACUGUGCAAGGCUGCAGUAGAAGCAAAGAAGACGGCCUUCGUCCAGAAAGAGACCAACCCUGUCGCUGACAACAUGGAGCAGAAGAAGCUUGCAGUAGAAAGUCAGGUUCCGACCAGUUUGUCUAACAUGGAGACAGGGAAAGACAAGACACUCCCCAGCUUCUGGAUUCCCAACCUCACCCCCCACGCUCAGCCCACCCAGGUCAAGAAGCCGGAGGAGAAGGUCCGCUGUCCAAUGAGCAAGAAGCCCCUGAGAUUGAAGGAUCUGAUUGAUGUGACAUUCACUCCAAUCAAGGAUGGGGAUAGCAAAACAGCUCUCAUAGCCAAACAGGCUCGGUAUGUCUGUGCAGUCACAAAUGAUGUGCUUGGAAACUCUGUGCCAUGUGCUGUGUUAAAAACAUCGGGGAAUGUGGUGACGAUGGAGUGUCUGGACAAGAUCAUCAAGAAGGACAUGGUGGAUCCUACCAAUAGCAAGAAGCUGACGGAGAAGGAUAUCAUCCCACUACAGAGGGGAUCAUCAGGUUUUUCAGGGGCUGGCAUCAACUUGAAGGCAAAGAGAGAUGGUGCUGCUCUCCAGGCCUAACUCAGAGAUGUGGAAUCUCUUCAGUGUAGCAUGUCAUAUUAAAUGUCACUCAUUUUGUAAAUAUUUUACAUGUUAGUAUCAAAUAUGUGUAUUGUAUGUUUAUGAUGUUAUGAAUAAACAAUAGAUAUUGUG